GUAUCGGUAAGUAUAUCGAUAGGCGGCCUUAAACAUUACUUGGCAACCCUACCGCCCUGGCGUCUUUGGCCCAUCAAUUCGUUUUUAUUUUCGUUUAUUUAUGUACUAUUGCUGCCGGGCCGCCUAAUUUUUCGACGUUCGGGACCUAGAAAUGGGCUCCUCCAAGAAGCAUAAAAAGAAUAAGUCGGAGCGCCGCGAGAAAUAUGAAGAAUACAGUCAACACCAGGAUCCAGCGCAACUACAGCGCGGGCUUAAGUUAAUAUUGAAAGUUGGAUCGAAUGCAACACCGGAGUACAGUGCCAAUUCGCCCAUGGUGGAUGCUGGGCCGCCAACAGCCGCGGAGGCAAUGAUGUCACCAGUUCCGGAGGAACUCCAGGAACACCAGGGACACCGGGAACGUCAUAAGAAGUCCAAGAAAAAGAAGAAGAAGAAGGAUAGGGAGAAGAAACACAAGCACCAUAAAGAGAAGCGUCAUAGAAGUAGGGACCGCCACAGGGAUAUGGGAUCAGCGGAUGAGGAUAUUGUUCCUGGAGCCGACGAUGCCGCCUGUAGUGGAUUCGCUUCGCAGUCUAUUGCACCCCCGCCGGGCGAUGCCGAUUCGAGUCAAGAUGGAUUUAGUUUCAUGGACGACGAUCAGUCACAGCCGCUGCCAGAAAAUAUUCUCUUCUAUGCCGGUAUCAACACGGAUAACUCGCCGUCCAACUGUCCAGUGACAAAGCCCAUAGCGCCGCGCAAGCUUGAGGAUAUCCUCAUGGGAUCCUCGCCAAAUUCGUCCUCCCUUCAGUCGUCAUCGAUGGGACUAGCGGGUAGCAGCCCCACCAAGCCUUUACCAGAUCUCCUCAUACCAUCACCUUUGACCCCCGGCGGAGCCAGUUCUUUGAACGCUCUGACGCCCAAAGCGCUGGAGGCCCCAAAAACCCCCAGCACAUCCAGUGAGUCUGGCAGGGAGCCUAGAAGUUGUGUGCUUAAGUUGAAACAACAAAAAUCCCCCCUAAACAAGCUGCUUGAGCACCUGCUGCGCUUCCUGGAAAAGCGGGAUCCGCAUCAGUUCUUUGCCUGGCCAGUAACCGAUGACAUGGCACCCGGAUAUUCUUCCAUCAUAAGCAAACCAAUGGAUUUCUCCACAAUGCGCCAAAAGAUCGAUGAUCACGAGUACUCUUCUCUUACGGAAUUCAGUGAUGAUUUUAAGCUGAUGUGCGAGAAUGCCAUUAAAUAUAAUCAUGUGGAUACAGUUUAUAACAAGGCGGCGAAGCGAUUGCUGCAGGUGGGACUGAAACACCUGCAGCCGGAAAACUUAAUGCGAAGUUUGAAACCGCUCUCGGGCUAUAUGCGUGAGCUAACGGCCAAAGAGUUGGGCUUCGAAAUAAGCUCAAACGAUAUGGCACGGGAUGCUCACGAUUCGGCCGACGAGGGCGCUUCCACGGGAGCAGAAGAGCCCCCCACACCCGCCCAGCUGGAGGAGGAAGAACGAAAGCGGGCGUUACGCUUGGAAAAUGCACCCAAAACACAUUUCGAGCCGUAUGUGGAUGAUAUGACAAGUGAGGAAAUCCUGGCCCAAGUUCAAAACGCCGCCCAGCAAGCCAAACAACGGCUGAAUUCGAAGAAGAAUGCUCACAAAAUGGGCUUUCUACGGCAAACCAAGGAUGGCAGCACCACCUUGAACCUUCUCAUUAAGGAGGAGAAUGAGGGUCCUGAACGGGUUGUAACUAUUGGGGAUUUGGUGGGAAAACUGCAAACGGGCAGCACUCAACUCCAAGUCCGACAAGUCGACAAACGGAAUGCCCUGAAAACAGUCAAGCCGCUGAGCUAUGGAGCCUUUGCCAGCUUUGCACCCACCUUCGACUCGCGGUUUUCAACGUUAAGUGCCGAGGAAACCCAAUUGGUUCUCCGAACGUAUGGAGAUGCAUCCAGCGCUGAGUAUGCUGAGAGCAUUCUGCAGUUCACCAAGGAUUCCAGCUACGGCACAACCAUAGCAAACGGCUUGCUGGACAUUCUCACAAAUGGAGAGCACAGCAAAUCCCUGGAAGAGCUAUACAACAUGCAACUGCACUCGUACGAGCAGCGAGAGAUCGCGAAAUGCUUCGAGCAGGAGGAGGAAACUGCAGCGCAGCAGGAAACUGCCGAGCAAAUCGAGAAGGAGUACGAGAAAUACAAAAACACGCACGUAGACUUUAAGCGGCUGAAGUCCCUUCAAGACCUGGGUAUCGAUGUGAGCUUCCUGGACGGCAUGGAGACGGAAAUGAAGAAUUUCGAGCUCAACCAACGUAUGCACGAGCACCUGAGCCAAAAUCUGACGCUGAUAGAGAAACUGCGGGUGACCCAGCAGGAUCGCCUGUCACAGCCCUUGCCCAAUCACUUGGGUCUCGUGCAGCCGGCGGGCCAGGAGGAGAUACAAACGGCUGCUCAACUGACGCAACAGAUCAGUGAGAUGGCUAAGAAACUGCCGCCCUCCGCCAUCGCCGAUCCAUAUUCGCUGCGCAAAGCCAUGGGUAUGACAUACGCUGGCCUGCCCACACCGCAUCCCGCCUCGCCACGCGUUCAGUUGCCGGAGUUGCUGCAGCAGCCAGUGGCGAUGCCCCAGCUGCAGCCGGUGGCUAUGGACAUCGACGAACCCGAUGAACAGCAUGCUGGGUCUGGCGGCGAUCUGGAGAACGAGCUGCGCGAAUUCCUCGAAAGCGGAUCAGGUUUGCAUUCCGCGAAUCCUGCAGAUGACAACAGCAUCGUGGCCCAGUGGCUCAACUAGGGGAUCAGGAUAUCCCACAGACGCGCGCUAUGUUUAUAAUUGAUAAGAGAUAAAUAAGAUAGCAGAGAAGCAGGAACGAUGAUGGGAUGGGGAGUUUGCACUUGGAUCGGAAGUAGAAUAAUCGCGCGUAUCGGCUUGACCUUUGAAUAAGUCUGAUGGCUAUACUGGCUUAUUGUAUAACGUCCGCAGAUCCAAACAGAUAUAUAUGAUUUUUGUACCCCGGGCACACGCGACCCCCGCUAAAAAAAAAAACGGGGAAUGCUGGUAAAUUAAAUAAUCGCUUAAGUUCCUCCGCUCGCACGCAACACGCAAACGACCGUUACUUUUUACACACACACUGAUACCAAUAUUGCCGGACAAGUACAAGAAGAAGAACCGGAGACGGAGACGUUGAAAUUCCGGACGCGCCGGUGGCUGAAUGGGGACUGCGGACUUAUCAAGUCUGAAGACCCGGCUGCGCUUAAUUUGUGACGCCGACUGCGACUUACGUUCCACAAUAACAAAUCCCGGUGCGCACAGCCUUAGGAAUACCCAUCUGGCCAUUUUCCGGGCACGGAUUUGGGGUCAACCAGGCUGGAAAUCUAUGCUUUAUGAUGGUUUGAGAAAUAUAUUGUAAAUAAUAGUUAAUUAGGGGCAUAAACUGGGCGUUUUCAAUGUAAUUUGUAACUAAUUUGGAAUUACCAUCCGCACCUCCUUGUCCAGAACCAGUUGAGAAUUCUAGCAAAAAAUAUUAUAUUUUUUAACUUUCAAUGAAAAAAAAUGGAAUCUAAAACUCCAGCUUCCCCUUGAGAGUAUCAAAUUAAAUAAGUUUGAUGAUUCUAUUUUAAUUUAAAUAAAAA